UCCCACCUUCCCAUAUGCCUCGUCGGUUGAGGUGGGAACGUCACCACUUUCAGAGACUGCUGACCCAUGCCUGCAAAGCAAGCAUGUCAGUGGAAGUGGCAGUAGGAGUGAGAGAUCCUAAUGCAAUGGAGUGUGUGUACAGCUAUCUACAUACCAGACUCAUUGGUAGUGAUGUAGAGGGAGGCAGGGAGAGAAGAUCCCAUGUCAGAUAUGGUGGAGAUGCUGCAGUUGCAGAGAAGAGUCCAGAC